UUAGUUCAAGUACGUAGAAGUGAAAUUUUUAUUGUUCCAAGAAAAUGUGAAAAUUUCGCUAUUAUAUUCAAUAAAUAGACAGUGGAUUACAUUAAAAGUUAAAGCAAAUACAUACGAUUUAGUGUGCAUAUAAAUUUUCUUGCAUAAUAUGGAUUUCCCACAGCAAUUGGAAGAUGAUGAUAAUCUGCACUAAUUGGCAAAAAAUUGGAUAAAUACUUUCCAAACCUUCUAAAAAAGAAUCCUUUAAUUAAAGUGCAUAUAAAGUGGAUAUACAUACAAAAUCGUAUACAUUUUUCAAUACAUUAAUACAUAUUUUAAACGUAUAGAAAUUUUAGUUGAGCGACCACCAUCCUCUUUUGAUGUUAUAAUGGAGUCCCCAUUGUGUGCAGCAAGUAAUCUCGAGAAAAAAGUUCAAACUAGUAAAAGUGGCAACAGGUUUGAUAAUUCCUCAACACUGGACAAAAUGAAUUCGAGUAUGAAUAGCACCCUGGAUGAUACAACUCCAAGUGAUUCUGGAGUACAGUUACUGGAUUCCGAGUCCAGUGAAUUUAUGGCAGAAUCAAUCACUUCUCAAACUGGUUUUGAAUUUGAAGACCUUAGAUCGUAUAACAACCAAGAGUCUACUAUUACUCCUGAACAAGUGGCUGUGGUAGCUGCGCCAGUGCCCACAUUGAAAGAACAUCAUUUCGUUAGUGCUGCGUUUGAAGAAAUUGUAGCUGGUGUUGACUCCAAUUCCAAUGUUACCACAAUAGAUGCGAUCAAUGACAACGCAACAUCUAAUGCACCAAUUGAAGAUGCGAUGACUACAAGCACAUGUUCUACAUUUGAUACAACCGAAAGCAUUGUGUACCGUCGAAAGGCCCGUAAGACACCCGUUACCCCCAAAGCACCAAAAAAACGUGUAUCCUUCCAUGAAGACAUUCUGAAAAAUACACGCACCGACAACAUACAUAUUGAGCAUGGAUUCAUCACAUAUAAAUCUGGACGUAAAGCACUACAACAUGUCGGUGUAGCAGGGCGGUACUCUUGGUGUUCAGAAGGCGAUGGAGGGGCUUCAAGUGGAGCAGCUGCACAAUCAGAGCUGUGCGCACAUACACAUGAAGAUGAAGAGCAACACAACACUUGUGAACAAAGAAGACGAUGUGUUGUUUAUCGUAACGCUUGUUCAGAUGUGCUAGACUAUGGCAACUCAGAUGUUUAUGAUAUGGAGGAGCAAAAAGCACUACAAUAUGACAAUUCAGGAGUUUUUGAGUAUAUACCGAGUGAGCGUGGCGGGGCUGCUGAUGGUGCUAGUGUGGGAAAUGGUGCUGACGGUCGACAGCAAGUGCUGUACAGGUGUUCAUGUUCUAGCUCGAAUUCCAGUUUGGACUCGGAUGAGAAUGAUAAAAACUCGAAUAGGCAGCAAUAUGGCCAAGCGAAGAGUAGCUCAUGCGAUUGUAUUGGUAUGAGCAACGCCAAUAAUAACAUAAUCGGCGAUAACUGCUACUUCUCUGAACCAAACAUCGAUAACCUUAAUGAAAAUAAUCAGAAGAAAUCAGUUUGGAACAAAGAGAAGAAGCCCAAAUCAAGCUGUUUGAAGAAACCUAAACGAAACACCAACAUCAUAUAUGAACAGGAUCUCAGUACUCGUGUCAAAAAAUUCAACGUUCACGACAUGAAUCAGUUAAUCGAUAAUAGCAGUAAAAUGAUUAUUGGUUCGUUGAAAAGUAUUUUCACAAUGCCGCUUCCAGAGCGCGGUGUACCAGAAGGGUCUGAAGAUCUGCAAUCAGUCGUCGAAUGUGUACCAGAAUUAGAACAGCCAACGCCGGAACACAAACCUAAACUAUUGGCCGAAUCACAAUUUCCACCAUCAUCACCACCACUAAAGCAAAAACCUUUCCUAAGUAAAAGUCUAGAUGGCUCUAAAAAAUCACAAGGAGUCAAAAAAUUUGUACACAAUGUCGAUGAACAAUUGCGUCGCAAAAAUGAGGAGGAAAUCUAUGCGCCAACACGUCAAAGCAGCGCCGAGAAAACUACAACCGAGACGCCAAGCAAAGUUCUACAAAGGCAAGAGGAAAUCGAUGCCGAAACAGUAAGUGAUUUGAUGCACAACCAGUCUAAAGAUGCUGAUCUGACACGACAACUGCAGUCGGAGGCCGAGCAACCGCCACAGUUUCGCAAUAAAUUUAUUGUUAAUUGUGAAAGCACUGUUUUUGAACACACUGGUGUUUCAUAUUGUUACGACACCAAUGAAAUGCUUGACCUUGAUUUGGAUACAGCAAGUAAUACGCCUGGAAGUAUUGCUUCGAGUUUGCUCUUAGAAAGUGAGACACCUGUAGCACAACCAGAGCCGGAUCAUAUACGUAGUGCCUUUAGCGCUGCACCUAUUGCAAAAACAUUUUCAAAUUUCUUUCGCAGUUUCAACAAAGAUUCCAGUUCAACGCCUAAUACUAAGAAAUCGUUAGAAGCUACCAAAGCUGCAAACAUCGCAGAUAGUCAACAGAAAACCGGCGUUGAUAAAAAAUUUUCACCCAGUCCUCAAACCAACUCAUUCAUCGAAAUCACAGAUCUCAGGCAAACCGUCAAACAACCCUUACCAAACACAAUUUCGUCAUCGACAAUUUCAGAGCUGACCCAUUCGAGUGCUUGCUCAUUACCGCCGACGCAGUCAAAAACUAACAGUGCUUCUAUUACAGUCGGUAGCGUGGGUAAUAACAGCAACAACAGUCUCGCCAUAGGGCAAGAUUUACGUGGCAAUGUGGACAAGCAACAGCGUCACUUACCUUCGCCACUGAAAAAACGUCUAAGCGGUGGUAAUUUUGUCGCACAACCACAACGUUAUGGCACAAGUGUUGGCAGCAGCGGCAAUACGCCUGCUUGUUUCACAGAGCCCACAUUACUAAGUCCCGAUAUCUUUAACGUCAGCGGCCCAACUCCUCUAGCAAGCACCGCUCUCAGCGGUAGCGGUGGUACCGUCAACUGUGGAGGUUACAUUGCUGUACGCGGUGGUUGUGGACGUGAUUCAAAAAGCACAAUUAUCAGCGAGGAAUUCGAUGAUAUUAUAACAAUUACCACGGAUACGGAUAAAAAUGAAAGUGAUAUUGUCAUUGUGGACUAUCCCAGUGAAAUGAACGAAAGACAGGGAAUGUGCGAUUAUACUAACUUGUUGAAGCCACCUGCAGCAAGUAAUGCAAAGACGUCUUUAAUUAAUCGUUUCUUACGGAAUGUCACACAGAAAAAGAUACUCGAAUCUUCGAUACGCAAAAAUAAUUUCUUCGCAGAUAAGCUGCGUAGUGAACAAAAACUCUUUAGGGGAAAUUUAUAUGUGCCAGGUGUUAAGCCAAAGAAUUAUGAACUCAUUGAUGAUUUGAAUGCAGAAAUAGCUAUGGAGAUCGAGAUGUCAGGUGCGAAUUCACCAAGACGAGAGUUGGCACAAAUUGCAAAUAUUCCGGGCGAUGCAACACGUUUCGAGCUUGGUAUCGGCGAAAUAUCUAUUGAUAUUUUUAACGGUAACCAUCUGCAUAUACUGCGGGAUCCUACAGAGCUGCUUAUGAAGGUCUUCAAAUUGUAUACUGGUUAUAGUCAUGAAGGUUAUAUGACCCCUGUAUUAGUUCUCCUUACCGAUCGCACACUUUAUGUAACGGAUUUGGUGCGUAAUCGUUUAUGUUCUAAAUUUAUACUACCCUACUCUGAUCUCGAUGUCAUAUUGAUGGGUCCUUUCGGCAAUACGGUGUUGCUUAGUAAUAGUGCGCGUGAUAUGCAACAAGUUCUACUUGCUGGUGGUCCUUAUCCUGCUAAUGGUUUGGUUGCAAAUUUGGAAAUGUGUGCACGUCGUAGUGGUUCUUCCUUGCCCGCUGUUGGUCAACUCUCAUUUGCUCAUCUCGCCCCACUACAAGCCUUCGUACGGGAAAAUUCAUCGGUUAGCCCUACAGAUACUUGGAUGUAUUAUGCUGUGGUGAAUGUGCCUGCUGGCGUUUUGGGUAGCGAACAAGAGCCAUUGGGACCGCAUGUUAAAGGUUUUCUCAUGCACCGACGUAUCAAAGAUCAUCAUCAUUCGAGUAACAACUCCAGCAGACAUCCCUGGAAUCCCGGAUAUUUUCUGUUGAAGGCUGGUGUUUUGUAUAUGUUUAAUGAUUCAACACAAAAAAUACCCAGCUGGGCCGUGGCGCUCGCUGAAUGUCAAGGUGCGCGUCGUGCUGUCAAAGCUGCUCGGCCACAUUGUUUCGAGAUUAUUUUGAAGGGUCAACUGCUGCAAUUGGCGGCGCCAGAUGAGUAUGUGGCCUCUGAAUGGUUGCAAGCACUUUUGCAGACAGCGAGUGGCUUAUUCGAAAUGCAAGAGAAGCACAAAACUCUUGGCUGCACUCUGGUAGUGACACAAAAUCAUUUAAUCACUUUACGUGAAGACUUCUCAGCACCACUGAAGCAAAUUAAAACAAAUACCGAAAAUCCGACAAAUGUACAAGGAGUGAGAAAAGACAGCAUUGUUGGUGUAAAUGACGAAGUUAAUCUAAUAACAGAGGAAACGGGCAGCCUGCUAAGCUCCGCAAUGAGUACGCCAACACGUUUCGCACAAAGAUCUUGUUCAUCCAUGAAUUCUACACCCACUAAACUUUCGCAAAUAUCACAAUCUACAACUACAGGUGGUGGCAAUACAAACACCCAUUCAACAUCUACUAAUGCCACCACCACCAAUGCAACCUCAUUAGCCACCACUACCAAUAUCACCAAUUACUCCCGACAACCACAAGCCGAAUGUCCCGAUCAGUCCAGUUCUCGUCACAACAAUAUGUACAGCGUUUAUGGCAAGAAUUCAGGACUUGAGAUACUCACAUGUGCGGAUAUUAAAGAAAUGACAGGCAUUAAAAUACCAUCGCACAAUGAUACUUGGUGGUGUGUAUUGGAAUUCUCUUGUCAAGAGGUGCGCGAAAGCACCGACGAUUUGGUGAUCUUCUUUGCUAGCAGCUCCGAAAUGCAACGCUUUUUGCGCUUACUCGAACAAUUGUGGCAGUCAAAGAAUAACGAUUUAUUCCCUAUUACUGUAUUGGAUGAAGAUGAUUUAAUAGCUGAACAAUGUACUAUGCUUUAUAUGGAUAUAAAUCGUGCGUGGGAACCGCUACUAUCCGCCGCAUUGGGUUAUCCAUUGUAAGAAAUUGGAACUAAGAGUUUAGUGUGAAGUUAUAGCGAAUAAAUGCAAGAUAAAAGUAUUUUUUCAACUUUGAAGCUACUAUACAUAUACAAGUCUAGACGACGAUAUGCGAAAGAAUCGUAUUAAAUAAUUAAGCAUAAAGCAUGGCUUUCAUACACUCAAAUCUUAACUAAAAUUAUAUUAUUACAUAUAUGAAUUGAUUACAUAAUAAUAUUCAACAUACAUAUGCAUACAUACGUAGCAAAAAAUGAAAAGGAAAGCAAAGCAAUAGCUAAUUAAAAGAGUGGAAGCUCAAAGUAUGUAGAUAUCGCGCGGGAAUAGUUUAGGUAAAAUACCAUACAGAAUUGUUUGUAUAAUCAUAUUUUCAAUUAUAUAUAUGUUCAUAUAUAUACUAUUUAUCAAAAAUUUUCGGCAAAAUGUAAAGGGUGCGGCGUAAAAAACGUUUAUAUUGGAGUAAUUAAUCAGCGCCUUUAAAAUGAUAUUGAAACAGCAUUGAACUUUAUUCGAAAGCUGAAACUUUUAGACUUUUCCGUAUCUGAGUUAUUAAAAAAAAUAAUUUGUUAAUUAAAAUGUUUAAUUAUUAUCAGCGAUGCGUAAUAUAUUUUCGCUGGAAAAGUUAUUUAGGUAUAUACUUUCGAAUUGCUAUACAUACAUAUUUCCUAUACUUCUUGGCCCAGUUUAUUGCUGAGUUAAUAUUUUUAUCGCUAUUAUUUACUUCGUUUUAUAAAUCUUUAAAUAUAUUUAAACUUUUAUAAUUACAACAUUGAAUGCCUCUUAAGUAAAACUUAAAAUCAGACAUUUCAUUAUGUUAUAUGGAAACUUAUCAUUUCGUGCAACAUCGCCAUUAAAAUUAAGUGUGUUAUUUAUUUUAUAGUAAACCGUGAUAUAUUCAUUUAGGCUAUACUCACACAAUUUUCUUUUUUGUUAUACUAUUUAAAAAGAAAAAAAGAAAAAAUGUAUAAAGACACUU